AUGUUCUCUUUUGGCAAGCGAUCCCCUCGUACCAACCCCUCGCCCGCUGGUGCAAAGACCUGGAUUCCAUCCAGAGCCAACCCCAGUCAGGAAUUUAGAGCUAUCUCUUUCUCCAAGGCUCAGGAGCUGAAUCAGUACUACUUGAGCCAAGGGUAUAAGUUACGAUUUGACUGGAGUGCUUUGACAGAAACUGCCUACUUCAAGAUGCCUGGCCCCUUUCACGAGCUUCCAGGACUGUGGCUGUUUGGUCAGUGUGAUCUGAUCAACCAGCGACUGGCUGAGCUAGCCAUUUGUGGGAUUCCGAAGGUCUAUGGACUGGCAUCUUCGGACGUUCAGCUCACGAAAGGGUCAUUGGUGGUCUCCCGGGAGACCGGGAAAGCAAAAUCGUACUACCAGCCUGAUGGGUCGCUCUACCUGGAGUAUUAUACCACAGGCAAUCCAGGGAGACCUAUAUCAGCAGCCGAUAGCCCGCGCGUGGUCAUGGAGGUCUGCUUCUCUCAGAGCCUCGAAGACGCCUUGGACAAGGCAGUUGAUUAUCUUCACUUCUCAGACAGGCAGAUUCAUGCUGUCAUCAUUUGCGAUAUGAAGUAUAAUGAUCCGCGUAAGAAGCUGGGGUUUCAAGCCAACAUAAGCUUAUGGAUGCGUCCACCCACCGGGAAUCCAGAUGAAGACUUCCCUUUGGAUGAAUGCCAGUUAGGGCAGGCCGACCACGCAAUCGAAGCUGACACGGAAGAUUUGGCCGAAAGAGCGGAGAGCAUCAGAAGCGAGGGAACGGAAGAGUCUGUCCAACCGGAGCUCCACUUCUCAUCGUACACCAAAAGUGGUCAGGCCCCGCUCGGCAUAUGGAACCGUAGUGGUUGGCAGAUCAUAAUUGAUGAAACAAGAGAGGCAGCGGAAGCCUUGCCAAGUAAUCCUCAGCUCACAAUGAGCUUCUAUGAUGUGGUCCGGAUAUGCAACAAGGCCCCGUCUCAUGCGCUCUCGGUCCAAGAGCAAAUGAUUCCCCUGCCGUUACAAUGGCUUCAGGCUCGGCUCGUGACCCAGCUAGAAAAGGACCGCCAGGAGCUGAAGCCAGCGCCGGUUGCACGCUCCACAACUCGCUCGGUUCCCCGCAUAAUUGGGAUGACAAGGCGGGUAUCACAGCAGGUCUCGGACGCCAUAAGGGCAUCUAUGCAAGGUUGA